GGGCACAAAGGUUUCUAUGUCGCUCAGCAAAAUGGGGAGAACGUCUUCUGCCAAGUCAUUCUUGAACUUUUUCUUCAUUUGCUCCAGCAUGCGGUUCAGCCACGUUUCAGCGAAUAACGCUGUGAAAAAAAUCCGGAGUGCGGUUUGUGGAUAGGCAUAGGAGCCCUCCCACCACAGGAACCACUCGUCGAGAACUUCCUGAGCAACAUCGUUCCGGAAGGAGCUGCAAUGAUCCAGACAUGCAAAAUCUGCUUCGGACAUGUCAUCUAAGAAGGGGUUCAUGAACGCGUUCCCUUCUUUCACAAUUGCUGCUUGCAGGAGUUUGUGUUUUGUACCCUGGUACCCUGGUUCCUCAACAUUGGAAUCCUCGUCGCUCAUCUCCAGAGACCUUGCAACCAAAACAGUGCCAUUCGAUAAAGAACCUCAUCGGAGAAGGAGGUUUUGGCUUCAACAACCUUCACCCUCAGACUACUCAUUUUUUUGUCUGACUAAACUGACAAAAAUGACAAAACCUAUCUUCCUGGUGGCACCUCUGCUAAUAUUGGGAAACAUUGCCUUCAUCCAUGCCGGGUUUGCCCCCAACAUCAUUGUUGAUAUGGCAAAAAUCGUCAUGGACAAUUACUGCUCACCGGAGAAGCUGGCGGGGAUGCAGGAGGCUAUUGAGGCAGCGGGCAGCAACACAGGGGUCCUCAGCAUUCCAGAUGCUGAAACCUUGGCUGAUGUACUCAGUGCCGGAGUUCAGACCACAGUCAGUGACGCCCGUUUGAGGAUCUCCUACGAGCCAAACUACGUCCCUGUGGUUCCACCAAAGAUGCCUCCCUUGCCCCCUGACCAGGUAAUUGCGGUCCUGCAGACAUCGAUCAAGCUUGACAUCCUGGAGGGAAACAUCGGCUACCUAAGGAUCGAUCACAUCCUCGGGGAGGAUGUGGCUGAGAAGGUUGGUCCGCUGCUCCUGGACCUGGUCUGGAAUAAAAUCCUGCCAACCUCAGCGCUCAUCUUUGACUUGCGCUACACCAGCAGCGGAGACAUCUCCGGAAUCCCCUACAUUGUGUCAUACUUCACAGAAGCCGGAACCCCGAUCCACAUCGACAGCAUCUAUGAUCGUCCAUCGAACUCCACCACUAAGCUGCUCUCUAUGUCAACGCUGCUGGGGGAAAGAUACAGCGUAAGCAAACCCCUCAUUGUCCUCACCAGCAAAAACACCAGGGGCAUUGCCGAAGAUGUUGCCUACUGCCUCCAAAACCUCAAGAGGGCCACCAUUGUGGGAGAGAAGACCGCUGGGGGUUCAGUGAAAGUCGACAAAAUCAAAGUGGGGGACACCGGCUUCUACGUUACCUUGCCGACCGCAAAGUCCGUCAACCCCAUCACUGGCUCCACCUGGGAGGUCACGGGUGUGACCCCUAACGUGGAGGUCAACGCCGAGGACGCCCUCGCUACCGCCAUCAAGAUCGUCACCCUCCUUAACCAAGUGCCAGCCAUCGUUGAGGGAUGCGCGACCCUCAUCGCCGACAACUACGCCUUUGAAGAUAUUGGCGCUCACGUUGCCGAGAAGUUGAAGGGGCUCCUGGCGAGCGGCGAGUACAGCAGGGUGGUCUCCAAGGACAGUCUGGAGAGGAAGCUGUCAGCUGACCUGAAGACGCUGUCCGGGGACAAGAGCCUGAAGACCACCAGCAACAUCCCAGCCCUGCCGCCCAUGAAUUAUUCUCCAGAGAUGUACAUUGAGCUGAUCAAAGUCUCCUUCCAAACUGACGUAUUUGAAAACAACAUUGGAUACCUGCGCUUUGACAUGUUUGGAGACUUCGAGGAGGUCAAGGCCAUCGCCCAGAUUAUUGUUGAGCACGUGUGGAACAAGGUCGUGAACACGGACGCUUUGAUCGUGGACCUCAGGAACAACAUUGGCGGCCCAACAAGUGCCAUCGCAGGCUUCUGCUCUUACUUCUUUGACGGCGACAGGCAGAUUGUUCUGGACAAGCUGUACGACAGACCAUCCGGGACCGUCACAGAGCUCCGGACCCUGCCUGAACUCACCGGCACGAGGUACGGCUCCAAGAAGAGCCUGAUCAUGCUGACCAGCCGGGCGACCGCCGGCGCCGCGGAGGAGUUUGUUUACAUCAUGAAGAAACUCGGCCGCGCCAUGAUCGUCGGAGAGACCACCGCCGGGGCGUCCCACCCGCCGAAAACCUUCCGAGUUGGCGAGACCGACAUCUUCCUCAGCAUCCCCACGGUCCACUGUGACACUGCCGCCGGGCCGGCCUGGGAGGGGGCCGGCGUCGCCGCUCACAUACCCGUCCCCGCUGACGCCGCCCUCGAGACUGCCAUGGGUAUCUUCAAAAAGCACUUUGCAGGCCAGAAGUGAACCAAAACUCCGGCUCCACCCAUCGCGAUUGGUUGAACCCCACUUUUGCUUUCACCAAAUAGAUUUAGGGAUUUAAAAUUAAGAAUUGUUUCAGAAGUUGAAGAAUGCAGAUUUGUAAUCUUCCAUUUAGUCAAAACUUAAGCCUUUUUAUCACGACUAUUUGUAAAGUAGAGCAAAGGCACAACAGUAUUUCUGGUAAAUGUUACUCUGGCUACAGUAAGUGAUGCGGUUAAACCAAUUAUUUUGUGAAAUGGGUAUGAAGUGUCCUGUGUGAAAGAUCAGUUUUAACUUUUUGACAUGUCCCAGAGAUUAAGAUAAGAGAAAACAAAUUAAAUCGUUGCCGUUCUUAUAUUUUGUUGGAGUUUUGGAAUCUGGAACUCUGUGAAGUGACCCUGUUGUUGCUCUGGUCAGAAAUGAGGAUCACGUCCACUUUGUGAAUGGGAAAAUACAUUAAUUAUGCCACGUGGGUCCGCUUGGAUUGUAUUGUUUCUUGUGGUGAGACACAAUAAAAAAGCACAAAUACAA